AUGAGGGUCCUUGGGAUCGACCUUUCAACUAGCAGCAUCUGUCUCGGCGCUUUACUGCUCAUUCUGCUGCACUACGCCUGGGAACAAAUAUUUCAGCGGUCCAAGAAUGGCGCAAAGCUGCCGCCAGGACCUAGACCAUGGCCGAUAAUCGGCAACCUGUUGGAUAUGCCUAAACCCAGUGGACGAGCGACCAAACACUGGACACAACACUGCGAGAAAUACGGUCCCAUCUCGACUCUCAAUGUCUUUGGCAACACUUUUAUCAUCAUCAACGACGAGAAAAUUGCCGCCGAUCUACUCGAGAAACGUCCUGGCAAAUUUUCCGGGCGACCUAGGUUUCCGUUCUUCGUAGAGGUCAUGGGAGUUGAGGGUAGCUGGAUGGUGUUGCAGCACGAUGAUCGUCAUCGAGCUUUUAGAAGAUACGCACACGCUGCCAUUGGGACUAUUGGCUUCGUUGAUAGGUGGGCGGAACCAAUCGAUAUCGAAACACGCCGAUAUCUGCUAAAGCUUCUUCAACGUCCAGACGACUUCGAACAGCACAUCUCGUAUGAGAAUGCUGCUGUCAGCGCGCAGGCCCUGUACGGCUACACGGUCGACCCUGUUGGCCAGGAUCCACUGGUUAAGUCGAUCUCCGACCUGAAUGACCACUUCAACGCUGCUGUCGGGCCCGGCAGAUGGCUCGUAGACACUAUACCUGCCCUGAAACACGUUCCCGAAUGGAUGCCUGGUGCCUUAUUCAAGCGCAUCGGCCGAGAGUGGAAGAAGGAUACUGAUGACUCAACAAACGUCCCAUACAAUUUUGCAAAGGAACAGAUCAGGAACGGUACGGCGCGACCGUCACUUGUGGCGACCGCUUUCGCGAAAAGCGACGGUAAGCUCUCGGAGGACGAUGAAUGGAAUCUCAAAUGGAGUGCAAUCUCAUUGUUCAUUGGAGCCACAGAUACAACCAAAUCCCAGCUCCAGAUCCUCUUCCUCGACCUCGCUAUACACCCUGACGCUCAAAGAAAGGCUCAAGCCGAAAUCGACGCCGUCGUUGGAACAAGUCGCCUGCCGAAUGCCUCCGAUCGAUCAAAUUUACCCUACGUCGAAGCCUACUUCAAGGAAAUCGUCCGUUGGGAAUCCAUCGGCGCCCUCUCUGUCCCCCGCGCGGCCACCGAAGAAGACUACUACGAAGGUUACUGGAUUCCUAAGGGCUCGACCAUCCUGACCCAUCUUAACGGCAUGCUUCACCACGAUGGGCGGCACAAAGAUCCCUACACCUUUCGACCAGAGCGCUUCUUGGGUCCCGACGCAGAAGGCAGCCCCUUCGACCUUGCAUUCGGGCACGGUAGGCGGAUCUGUCCUGGCCGUUAUCUAGCUGAUGCAAAUUUGUGGAUGAUGGUGGUGAGGACGCUUGCGGCGUUCAAUGUGACUGCGAUCAAAGGUCAGGAGCCAAAGGUUGAUUUUGUGCCGGGCUUUGUUGAGCAUCCCAAACCGUUCAAGGUGGACAUCAAGAUUAGGUCGGAACAGCAUGAGGCGCUUGUGGAGGCGGUCGAGGUGGAGCAUCCGUCUAGGGGAGGAGAUGCGCAUUUGUUGAGGUGGGAUUGA